GGAUCUUACCUCAGUCUGAUUUUCGGCCGUCUCUUCACGCUUCACGUCGCGUCCGAAACACGGUGGUUUUUGCUUACCCCUCGCUUCGGAACAGGGUUACUUCUCGCAUUGAGGUGACCUGUGAGGCGACGCGAGGGGGCUCUGGCUGAUUUCGGCAGCUGAACGGCCGACUCGUUGCCGAAACGCUCGUACCUACAUCUUCCUGCCCAUGGAGGGGCUCUCGACUAGCUGAUAUUUGCUGUCUUUAUGCUUAGGUGGUGUAAGAUCGUAAUCUUCCACAAUGGUGUUAUAUAUGAUACUUAAGAGCACAGUGCCAAAAGAGUGAGCCAUGCAGCAAGAAGGAACUCCCAAGUUCCUCAAGUACCACCAAGGCAGCGUGCGUGGAGUGGCUUUCAGUCCAAAGGACCGCUAUUUAUUUUGCUCUGGUGCCUACGAUGGAAGGCUAAUUUUGUAUUCGGCUCUGCGGGCGGAGAUGUUGGUCACCUACCAGAUCACCACCCUGACCUUGGCCAGAAACAUAAACGCAGUCCGAUUCACCUCUGAUGGCAGCAAGAUUUUGGCUGCAACCACUGUUCGGCGAGUGGCGGUCGUCGAUGUAGAGAGAGGCGACCAGCUACUGUCGUACGACAACUGUGCCUUCAACGGCCGAGACAGGACUGGGCUGGCUACCGACCCAGUGUGUCCCAACAUGGCUGUAUCAGUCGCCGUCAAUGGCAAGGGCCUCACGCUGCUCGACUUGCGCAUGCCACUGCCCCUCGACUUUUUGUAUGAUCUCCAUAGCAGUGUGAUUCGUGAUGUGACGUUUCUUGAUUCAUCGUGGCCAUGGGCCCGAGGACACCAAAGCGUCCUGCUCAGCGCGAGCGGCGAUGGUACUUGCAAGGUUUCUACUUUUGAUGGUCGAGUUUUACACUCAUUUGAAGUCAAUCACCAUGUGAACACCAUCUGCCCUUCGCCUGAAACCUAUAAUGACGAAUCUGAUGACGGAUUUAACAGUGUCAUCAUGACGGGUGGUGAUAUCGUCUCGACGUACCUGCCCGACUUUGGCGUCAGAGAAAAGUUAAAGGACAACCGCGAGACGCCCAUCUGGAAGCUAAGGUAUACUUCCAACGGCGGCCUACUUUACUCAGUGGGUGACGACGGAGUCCUCAGACGCUACCGCCGCUUCCCAAACCAUCACAAGUACCUGGGACCUGUCUUUAAGCACAGGCAGGACGCACAGGACCUCGACAUUUCACAGUACGAUGAAUAUCUUGUCACUGGCUCGAAAGACAGAUCAGUCGGCAUUCUUCGACUUGGUGCGCCCAGUCACGGUUGCACAGAGUACUACGAAGUUACGUAACGUUAAUGAUUGUGUUUUUAUUUCGCUACAAGCCUGUUUGUCUUACAGGUCAAGUACUUUGCUAGUACAUAAGCAAUCUCUUUUGCUACUAUCUCACAAUAUGAUAUUGUUUUUACACUGUGAAAAUAACAACUUGGAGAAUUUAUGCCAGAACGAGGUUGCAUUUGACUAAUUUUAAAAUGGCAAAAACUGAGGUGGAAUUUCGUGACAGUUGCAUGCACUGCCAAAUAAACUUUUCUAUUUUUAGCAACAGAA